AUGAUCAACUCAAGUUUGUUCAGCAAACCUAAAUAGAGAUAAAUCUAUUUAAUUUAUGCAUCCCGUAAUCAUACAUAACCAAAAUCAACUCCACGCACUCAUCUUAAAUUACCUAAUUGUUCUCCUAGAAUUAAUGAUAAUAAAUCCAAAAAAAAUAAUAGCUUUUAUAUUCAUAAAAUGCAAAGAUCAUAAUAACAAAGUCCUGUUGUUAGAUAACAAAUAAGAAACAGAGAUUCAAGUGAAAGCUUUAUGAGAGAUUUAGAAUUGUCAGGUAAUGAAGAUUUGAAAGACAUUAACAAAAGUCUGUUAUUGACUUCUUAAGAGAUUAACAAAAAGAUGCAAUUUAAUAUAGAAUCAUACUUAAAUAAUACUCUAAAAUCAAAAAGAAUCAAUCAAAACCUUAAUCAUAUGAUUGAUUUUGAUUUGACUUAAGAUAAUAAUUCAAUUCAUUCCUUUGAAUUCUCGAGAAGUCGUAGAGAAACUCCUCUUCAACCAAUCAGAGUUUAUUAUAAAAAGUGA